CCAUGGUCGAGCUCAUCAACAAGGACUAUGCAGACUUCGUCAACCUGUCAACGAACCUGGUUGGCAUGGACAGAGCCCUCAGCCAGCUUUCUGUGCCUUUGGGACAGUUACGGGAAGAGGUUCUGGUAAGUCCCCAGGUGCCGGUAAACAGUCUAUAUGUAUAAACCACGUUACGCUCGUUUGCCUUCUCCAAGAAGAACUCCUUUAAUGUGUUAGGUUGUUGUGGUGGUGGUUUAAUGGUCCAUGAUUAUAGUACUCACCUUCAAAACUGGUGAAGAUGAUUCUCUACUUUUUGCAUGUGAUAUUACAGACUAAAAACGUGUUUGGUUUGAAGACGACAGAUCGUCAAAGAGUAGACACUUUUAAAUGUCAGGGCGGAAAAGAAGGGUAUUUCAAAAUUUAACUUGUUAAUACCACCUCCCCCAUCUGUAAGUGGUCUCCAACUUAGAACUGGCUGACGUAUAGUUUAAAAUUUGUAAUUUUACAAGUGUUUUCCCAGACAGUGUUUUACAUGUGGUUAGGUUCCUGGACCAGUCUACAAAAGCUGUUCAACCCCUGUAUGUAACUGAAGGAUAAUAUAAAUAUCAUGUAACGCCUAGUUUCUGGGAGAAACUCUCUCCCGUGGGAAUGGGAGUGUAAGCCUUGAGGACAGGGACCCCAUCUGGAUGAACAGUGGAGCGGGAGUUUUGGCAUCACCUCUGACAGGAGACCGUGUGGCCUGCCCUCCCCUCACCCACUCAUCUGUGCUAGGCACCCCGGCCUCCAUUGUCCCUUAGUUGUGAUGCACUGCACCAUCGCUUCCUGUGUGUGUCACCACUGGACCACGCCAGACCAAGUGGCCUCAUGCACCUUGCCCCCGAGACAGCGCCUGGCACGUGCGAGGCUCUCAGUAGGUAACGUAGGUAAAGAGGCCCUGCCUGGAGAGAACUGAAGGAAGUGCAGGGUAAUGGGAGUGUCAGAGCUGAGAAGUCCCGAGGAGGGGAGGGGUAGGCGGGAAAGACUUCAUAAGAGAGAUAAGUGUUGAGCUGUGCCUUGAACUAGCAGAUGUGUUUGAAAGUGUAUGUUUUUGAAUUUUACAAAAGCUCAUUACAGUGCUUUUCCUUGGAGUGGAAGGAAAGGGGUUUGUGGCCCGCUGCUGGGCUGCGCGGCAGCUUCUGCGUGGCUCUCCUGCCUCCUCCUCGGUGCUCCCUCACCUCCCAGCCUCGUGGCUGGCGUCUCCUGGGCCUCAGCCUGUGGUAACCUCCCACUCUUCUCUGUGCGCUCUCUCCGCUCUGCUGACCUGUGCUUUGAACUUCCUGGGUUGCUCUCACGCCUCCGGGCUCUAGUCCAGCCCUGCCACCUGCCCGUACCACGUCGCCUCCCUUAUUCUGCAGCUGUCUUUAUAGCCACCUUUCUCCUCACCAGCCACAGACCUCACCUGCCUUUUUGACCUCAACUCACAACGCUGCUCUGAGAUUCUAUGAUCAUUGAGGGAUAAGACUGUUUCUGUCUAAUUCAUCAUUGUAGCCUCACUGGCUACCACGGUAGCUGACAUUUAAUAGACAUUUCAUAAUGUUUAUUGAAUGAAUGAAUUCACCUCUCUAUAAAGCUUUUGUGAUUUAUGUAGUUUAUUCUGAUCGUUUCCAUUACCUUCAUUUUGGCCUCAAUUCUUCAUACUUGGCUUAAUUUAUUAGCUUCUGGACAUGUUUCUCCACCUAUGACCUCUGGCUUUUCCUGGCCAUUCUGUUCCUUACUUCUUGAUUCCUGCCAUCCCCCAAGCAGCAUUUCAUCAGGAAAUAUCAGUGCUUCGGGAUUCUCUAGUUCCCUAAAAUGUGUAGAAUCUAAAGUCCUCCUAAAUCAACCCCUCCCUGUUUAUUUCUACUCCUGCAAAAUGAAGCCUGCAGUGCACCCGGGUGCAUGCCUCACCCACCCUGAGUGUGCGCCGUCAGUUGUGUCUUCCCACCUUUGUCUUCUGAUAACCUCCUCUCCACCAUCGUCAGCUUCCACAGGUUCUCAGGGUCAGACUCAAGUCCCAUCCCCUGUGCCAGACUCUCCUAUCCUUUGAUUCAGAUGAUUUCUUGAACGACAUUGACGAGUCUUAGGUCAUCUGUCAGUGAAGGAAUUCGGGCAGUAGAUGAACGAAUGUCUAGACAAGAGGACAUUAGGAAAAAAAAGAUAUGUGUGUUGAGGCUUAUACAGGUUAUUCGAUCAGUUGAGAAAAUUGAAAAAAUCUUAAAUUCUCAACAUUCUAAAGAAACAUCUGCACUAGAAGCAAGCAGCCCACUUCUGACUGGACAGAUUUUGGAGAGAAUUGCCACAGAAUUUAACCAGUUACAGUUUCAUGCUGUUCAAAGCAAAGGCAUGCCUCUUUUGGACAAAAUAAGACCACGUAUAGCUGGCAUUACAGCCAUGUUACAGCAGUCACUGGAAGGCCUCCUUUUGGAAGGCCUGCGGACUUCCAGUGUCGAUGUGAUCCGGCACUGCUUACGGACUUACGCCACGAUUGACAAGGCACGGGACGCGGAGGCGUUAGUUGGUCAAGUCCUGGUGAAACCAUACGUGGAUGAGGUGAUUGUAGAGCAGAUUGCCGAUGCUCACCCGAGUGAUCUUCAGCUCAUGUACAGGAAGCUCCUGGAGUUCGUUCCCCACCACUGCCGCCUCCUUCGAGAGGUCACGGGAGGAGCCACCUCAAGUGAAAAAGGCAAUACUGUUCCCGGAUAUGAUUUUUUGGUGAAUUCUGUCUGGCCAGAAAUAGUACGAGGAUUAGAAGAAAAAUUGCCCUCACUUUUUAAUGCUGGGAAUCCCGAUGCCUUUCACCAGAAAUAUACCAUAAGUAUGGAUUUUGUAAGAACACUUGAACGGCAAUGUGGAUCACAGGCCAGUGUAAAAAGAUUAAGAGCACAUCCCGCCUAUCACAGCUUCAAUAAUAAGUGGAACUUGCCUGUGUAUUUUCAAAUAAGAUUUAGAGAAAUAGCGGGAUCCUUAGAAGCAGCACUUACAGAUGUCCUGGAAGACGCACCAGCUGGAAGUUCGUAUUGCCUCUUGGCUUCUCACAGGACGUGGAGCAGCCUGCAGAGGUGUUGGUCUGACCAGAUGUUCUUGCCGUUGCUGGUGCAUCGUCUGUGGAGACUCACUCUGCAGAUUCUCGCACGGUACUCCGUGUUUGUCAAGGAGCUUUUACUCAGGCCCAUCUCUAAUGAAAGUGCCAAGGAUAUUAAAAAGCCUUCGGGAACUGGCAGCAAAGAUCCUUCCGUCGCCCAAGGAAACUGCGAAGACCGAGGAAGCGGCCCUUCCGAGACGAAGCCCGUCGUCCCCGUCUCCAGCACUCAGCUUGUUUACGUGGUCGCAGACCUGGACAGGCUUCAGGAGCAGCUUCCAGAGCUCUUGGAAACAAUCAGGCCAAAACUUGAAGUGAUUGGCUUUAAGAAUUUUUCUUCUAUCUCAGCAGCCCUGGAGGACUCCCGGCUAUCUCUGUCUGCCUGUGUGCCUGCCUUGAGUGACAGAGUCACCCAGGACUUGAGUGAGUCUUGCUUCAGUCACCUGAAAAGUGCCCUGGAGGUUCCCAGGCUGUACCGAAGAACCAACAAGGAGGUGCCAACGACAGCCUCCUCUUAUGUGGACAGUGCUCUGAAGCCGUUGUACCAGCUUCAGAGCGGGCACAAGGAUAAGCUCAAACAAGCCAUAAUUCAGCAGUGGUUAGAAGGCGCUCUCUCUGAGAGCACGCAUAAGUACUAUGAGACCGUGUCGGACGUCCUGAACUCCGUGAGGAAGAUGGAGGAGAGCCUGAAGAGGCUGAAACAAGCCAGGAGGACCGCUCCCGCCACCCCCGCCGGGCCCAGUGGCGGCGGCAUGAGUGACGACGACAAGAUCAGGCUGCAGUUGGCCUUGGACGUCGCAUAUUUAGGAGAGCAGGGUCCUGUCCACCCAGAGCCUCCCUUCAGGCGCAUGGCAGUUCUGGUGCAGGGGAGGGUGACCCGACGCACCUUCCCGGCAACCGACGCCUGCGUGUCGGGGAGGGAGAAGAGUUGGGAGUGCUGGAAAGAGGUACUGAAAGCGCGUGGCUGGUUCGUCGGUUCGCAGGUUCACACGCGCGUGCGAGCGCUCGUGCCGGGCCGUGGCACGGGCCCCUUCAGCCCAACGACGAUGCGAGAGCAGGUACGCCUCCUGCUCUGCCUUUGCGUUUCCUCGUGGCUCAGUCUGGUCGAAGGUUAGCUCUGUGGGGGAGAAGGGUGACCGGGAGUUAAGGGAGCAGACCUGGGAGGCAUCAGCGGGGAUUGGGCGGUGGAGCCAGAGCAUGGGCGGGGGAGGGGAGGGGAGGGGAGCCCCCGGGAGAGCAGUGGGCGCAGCUGGGCAGCGCUCUGGCCUCCUCCGCUCCCCGCAGGGAGGGCCCCGCCCUUGGACGGAUGGGCGUCCUAACUCUGCGCAACAUUAGGAAGCUGGCCAGAGGCGCAGGAGGGCGAGUGAGACCGUGGGAGGGACUGGUGCGAAGGGGCUGAGCCCGCUUGGCCGGGGGCGCCGGCGCCCCAUUGUGCGGUGCUGGGCCCGUGGGCAGCAGGGGCCGGGGCGGGGAGAGCCGGCCCCUCGGCGCCGCCCCGGAGCUGCACGCACACCUGGGAGUUGGGGCGCGGCCUCGUGCCAGGAGGCGAGCCUGCAGCUCGGCGUAACGGGGUGCGCUGCACGCGCUGCAUCACUGCCUCCGCGUCGCGCGGGCUCCCUCGGGGCCUCGGCAGCCACGUGGCCCGGUCUCAGUCAGCGAUAGGCUCUGGCGCUGUCCCCAUCUCCCCGGCUGCUUUGCCUUUAUCGGUUGUUUCAGGACGUGGUGGACAGGGAUACAGUUUAUUAGCCCCUCCAACUCCAGCACUGUUGUUCCCAGUUUGCAGGUGAGGAAACAGAAAUUAAGGAGUUGAGUCGGUAACAGGUUUGGGAUCUGAUGACAUCCCUCGGGGGCCGUGAGGCGCGUUCCCUGGCCGUCCUUGGGCCGGGGCUCGUGCCCAGCUGGAAUGUCAGAUUGAAGGGACCUGUAGUUGUCAGAUGAUGACCUUGUCUCUGGAUACGCACUUCGCAACCCCAGGAAGACGCACGGUUGGCUGCAGAAAUGUGUAAGAGAAACCAACCCCUACCGUUAACCCGUUAAUCCUUUGUGUCAAGUGGUGCACAAGACGCCGGUCCUGAGUAUCCUUGCAGCAUCCUGAGCCUUCUGCGCAUCUGAAAGAGCUCCGGAGCGGAGAGCGGCGAGUCCGUUAGU